CUUCAGUGUUAACGAUUUACAAUUUGACACAACGUGAGAAGCGUAGAGGAUAGUCCAACUACAAACACAAAUUAAAGGUGUUCAGUAUAUACCUGUACUGUGAAGAAGGGAGUCCAAAGUUUUUGACCCAGCUACAGUGAAAGACGGUGUGCGACUUGUAUCCGCAUGAACAAGCUGCGAUUCUAACUAACUGAGGUUCUGGAUUUGGCAGCUUCAGCAGUUCCAGUUUCCGGAGGGCUCAUGGGAACAAACUUGACCGUGAAAAAUUCAGCAUUUCCAGUUUCCAUGGAGGCAAGCUCGAUUGUGAAUAAUUCAACAACUCACCCUAACACUUCAAUGUGUAAUCUGUACAGCCACCACCAAACAGCCAGCAUCGCUUUGCCAAUAGUCUAUACUGUCAUAUCAAUAGUUGGCAUUUUUGGCAACGGCCUUGCCAUAGUCGCCAUCAGAAAAAAGCAGAAAAAAAUCAAUUCGACUACACUUUACUCCAUGAAUCUGGUGAUCUCAGACAUUUUCUUCGCUGCUGUUCUACCUGCCCGAAUAGUAUACUAUGCACGAGGAUUUAACUGGCCAUUUGGCGAAGCAAUGUGCAGAAUUACUGCAGUAAUUUGUUACAGCAACAUAUAUGCGAGUGUAAGCUUCAUGACCUGCUUAAGUUUGGAUCGAUUGCUCGCGGUAAUAUAUCCGUUCCGACAUUCUAAGUUCAGAAACGUCCGCAACGUCAAGAAAAUCUGCACUAUUGUGUGGAUAAUUAUUCUUUGCCAGACGGUACCACUGCUGCUUGUCCAAAUGUCGAAAUUGGCUGAAGGCAACUUCUUAACAUGCAUGGAAUACCCAAAUUUUGAGGAUAUUCCAAGCCUUCCACAAAUGCUGCUCGGUGCUUGCGUAAUCGGUUACGUGUGCCCCGUGGCUAUCAUGCUAUUUUGUUACUCUAAAGUCAGUUCUAAACUCUUCAGAUCAGCAAAGGAGAACCCCUUAACUGAAAAAUCAGGAAGAAACAAAAAAGCCAACAACGUAAUCCUGCUUGUACUCUUCGUGUUCUUUAUAUGUUUUACUCCCUACCACGUGGCCAUUGUGCAACACAUGAUCAAAAAGUUGCAGUACGAAAUAUCCUGCCAGGAACAACAGAACUUUCAAAUAGCUCUACACGUGACAGUUUCUGUGAUGAACUUUAACUGCUGCCUAGACCCCUUCAUCUAUUUCUUUGCCUGCAAAGGCUACAGGGCCAUUGUGCUCAAGAUGUUCAAACAGCCCGUUAGCGUGUCUAUUUCAAGUGGAGUUAAGACGACCCCAGACAACUUCUCACCUGGGGCUGGGAAUUUCGAGCCUGCAAUAGGGACAACUUCUGACACCAACUUGUAGAGACAAUUUACUUGACGAUACCAGGAAAAGACAAAAGCCAGGCAUAAAACCUCAAUGUAUAUAUUAACCAUGUUGC